CUCGAGUUUAGGCUAGAGGGAAUCCGCCCCUCCGUUGGCCCCACCCGUUCCAUUGACCUCGCCCCUGGUUGCUCAGGAGAUGAGGAGGCGCCGAAUCUUGGUCGGGUGGGUGCGAGGAGGAGGCGAGAGAAGUCUAUCUCACCAGGGCGGCCAUGGAGAGUUCUGACAGCAGCUGCCGGGACUGGUGCAACAGUGGGCCAUACUGGUUUGAACUCGGACCCACGGACCUGUUGGAGCGCAAGGGCUCCCUGACCCUCCGCUGCCAUCACAAAAAAUACUCCAAGCCGGUGUUGGUGUAUUCCUGGCACCAUGACAGAGAAGCCUUUCCCAAAGAUUAUGAUAUAGAAGGUCCCGAGACUGUAAAAAAACUAUGUAAUUCAACAUACUGGCGACUUGGAACUGAUGAACCCCCAAUUUGGAUAUCAGAAACACAUGAACAGAUGUCUAAAAUUUACUUAAAAACAAAAUUGGCUGAAAUAAAGAGCAAGGCCUUAUUGAAUGAGGAAACAAUAAGUUUUGGGAUUAUUGAAAGGGACACUGGAUUGCCUGCAACCGGCUUUGGAACUGUCUUUACCCGACACCCACCAGAUCAUCAGAAAUUUGGUUAGUCUUCAAAGGUGGCCCUCAACAAUUCCUUCCUUCCAUGUGCAUGUCUCCGCUACCAUCAAUAAGCAGAGGUUAUUUGCCUGCCCUCUGAAUCUGGACUGGUCUUGUGACAGACUUUGAUCAAUAGAAUGUGGCAGAAGUAAUGUUCUGGGACUUCUGAGUUCAGCUCUUACGAGGACUAGUCGUUUCUGCUUUCUGAUUCUUGGAUCCUGGCUGCCAUGCUGUGUAAGAAGCUCAAGCCACAUGGAGAGGCCACCUGGAGAAGCCACCUGGAGGAGAACCAAAGCACUGUGUUUGACAGCUCUAUCUUAGCUCCCAGCCAACAGAUAAAACCAACUGCCCACCAUGUGAGUGAGCUAUCUUGGAUAUUCCAGCCCAGUCAAGCCCUUGGAUGACUACAGCCCUAACUGAUAUUACAUGGACAGAAGAACCACCCAACUGAGCCCAGUCAUCCCACAGAAUAAUCAGAGACAAUAAUAUAGUUAUUUUACACUAAGGU